GCUCAUGUGUUUUCUACACAUUUCAAUAGGCGCAACUGCAUUGACUGGACAUUGGUGGCGUUGAAAGAACGGGGCAUCCGCGGUAUUUUGUCAAAAUGGUGCACCGCGGGGUUAUUGUCCUGUGUUUCAGUGCUAUCCUGGCUGUGACUUCAGCAGACACAUUCGGAGCAGGACUCAAGCUACUCGGAAGGAUGUACGAUGACUGCGAGAAGUCGGAGGAUAUUUUUAAGUGCUUCAAGAUCCAGGCGACCAAAUUUGUGGACAGGGCUGCGCGCAUGCAGACGCUUCCGCUUAUGGACGGCGUCUCACUUGUGCGGACAACGGAACAAGGUAGAGCAUUCCCAUCUUCAUUACCUGAAGGUGAUUUAAAUUCCUUGGCAUCAGACGAAGUGGACAAGCUGCUCCACCUUGCUACUUCAAAGCUUCUGCAGAGCCAUCGAGUGGUUGUAUCACCAACGAGUGUCGGAGCUGACAUUGGUCGUUCAUUAGAUGAAGCGAGAGGUAAGAUGAAGAAGAUGAUUGGACCCAUUCUAGCUGGACUUGCGAUUAAGGGAGGUUUCGUGGCCAUGGCGUUCCAGGCUAUCGCGAUAAUUGCUGGCAAAGCUUUGUUGAUUGGAAAGAUCGCGCUUCUGUUAUCUGCAAUCAUCGGUUUGAAGAAGUUGGUAGCUGGCGGAGAAUCUCAUGAAAAGACGACGUAUGAAAUAGUGAAACACCCGCAAGUAUCCCAGAGCCAUACAUAUUCAUCAUCUCAUUACGGAAGUGACUUCGACACCACCGGUCCCGGAGGUCAUUACAGAAGAAGCGUUGAAGACGAGGCUGCUGCCCAAGACAGGGCUUACAGAGCAUAUGCAAGCAAGCAGUAAAUUGUAACAGAAUGGUUGUGGCUUACGACUCCUUUACAAAUAGACGACACGGCAUAUUACUUGUUUAUCUGAACCUCCAUUGCCAAAAUCAAGACGUUUUGAGUCUGCAAUGGGGACAAAGAUUAAUGAUGUUUAUUUAAUAAUUCACACGACACUGUUAUUUGGUUAAGGUUUAUUUAUUUGCUGUAUUAUUUAUUCGUUGUAGACGCUUUUUAUUAGGCUAAUAAUAAUAAUUUAUAAUCAGUGGUUGAUCGUUUUAUGUAAAUACAACAUAGAAAUGAGUAGCCUAAAUAAAUAUGUGAAUAUUAUGUAAUAACUUAUAACCUCUUGCACCAAGAUUGUCUUAGAAUUAUUAUACGAUGACUUAAGAUUAAUUAACGUAGGCUAGUCGACGGGUAAAGUGCAUUUUCCUCUCAUCCGAUUGUCCAAUUUUGUAAAAAUAGGUUAAGUUUAGUAUAAUUUUAUAUCAUUGGUGCGGUAUUUUUAGGUAAUUUAUUAUAUUUAUAAGAUAUUUAUUGUCAUCAAAAAGGUAGUUA